ACUAUUGUUCCACACAGUUCACACAAAACUCUUCAAGCGGUUUCCCCUGUUUGGUUUUACCUUUUACGGCGGCUCUACACCCGUCUUCACAGUGUAUCUUGUGUAUCGGUAAUGGCCACUGAGAAGAACACUCUAGAUUCAGAGCCUACUUGUGCGGAAACAAUACCAGAUCCAGAUUCUACAACAAAGAAACAGGCUGAGUCUCCUCCAACAGACAAGGCAAAUCGUACUGCUACAGUGUCGAGUACCCCGUCUGUUACUGUCACUGCCUGUGCUAAUGGAUCUGAUGUAGUCUCUUCUCAGCCAAAUGACAAUGGCCAAGCACAUGCGACAGAUGUUUUAAAGGGAAGUCACCGUGACAAAAACAGCUCAUAUGCCUAUUCUGAUCCGACUUUGCGUGGAGAUCGAGUGAAAAGAAGCAAUUGUUGGUCACAAACUUCUUUUUCCACUCCUACGCCUCCUGGAAAUUUCAAUGGUGUUGGUAUUCUUCCUCCCAAUACACAAUCACAAGCAUUUAGACCGCAGUUUAAGGGAAAGGAAGCUGCAGGACACUUUAUAACAUUCUCCAAUCGAAAGACAAGCUCUGUCCCAUAUUGUGGUUACACUAAUGGAAACUCAAACAAUGGUUUCUGGGAUCAAAGAGAUCAUUAUAGGAAACCUGAGAGAAAGGAAGAAUCUGACUACUUGGUUGAAUUGAAAUGUGGUCCGAGAGCCAAUGCAAAGACUCGUCCUCCAUCUGAGUCAUCAUCACUCAAACAAAAGGAUUCAUUUUCCCUGACUAUCCGUAGAGAUAUGUACAACCUCCCAGAUUUUCAGACUGAUUAUGAAGAUGCCAAAUUUUUUGUAAUCAAGUCCUACAGUGAAGAUGAUGUUCACAAGAGUAUCAAAUAUUCCGUGUGGUCAAGCACUAUCAAUGGAAACAAGAAACUCGAUGCAGCUUUCCGUGAUGCUGAAACAAAAACACGCGAGGAUGGCAAAAAACGUCCAAUUUUUCUCUUCUUCUCGGUGAAUGCAAGCAGACAAUUUGUGGGAUUAGCUGAGAUGGCUGGAUAUGUAGACUUCAAAAAGGAUUUAAACUUCUGGCAGGUUGAUAAGUGGAGCGGUUUUUUCCCGGUUGAAUGGCAUGUGGUUAAAGAUAUCCCUAACUGGGAACUACGCCAUAUCAUCCUCGCCAACAACGAGGACAAGCCAGUCACUCAUACGAGAGAUACUCACGAGGUCAAACUCAAAGAAGGUCUCCAAAUGCUUUCGAUAUUCAAGAACUACUCUGCGGUAACAUUUUUGUUAGACGACAUGGACUUCUAUGAAGAACGAGAGAAGUCUCUUCGAGUGAACAAGGAGCAUAAACCUGCCACUCUUCGCAUGGAUCUCUUCAAAGAGAAAGACUAUGAUUAUGAGAUGGAAGGCAACAGGAGAAUGAAUCAUCAAGGAAGAGGAUAUAACUGGAACAGAAGUAGCAGUAGCAUAACACAAGCUUCUCUUGUCAAUCUAACCAAGAAUCUCUCCAUAGGAGGCUACCCUUCGUCCAAGAAGAACACUGGCAGUUAUUCAACAUGACCACGUCAUUAAUUUAUUUAUGAUUUGCUUUAGUUAGUUCAUGAAUCACUACGUUAUUAUUUUUUCCUUUCUUAGGGACCUUGGUUUGGUUUUUACAUUUCAUUCUCAGCUGUCUUUAAGCCUAUAGAUUCAUUUUCACGAUCUUAAUGAUAAAAUUAAUCGGUUUUCA